ACAUGCUUGUUUCACUUCUCUUCCUCGUCUCGUUCAUGUCAUGUGAUAGCCAACCCGUCCUUUUGUCUCAGUAGGUUAUUUUGACUCGAGAUGGGAUUGUUAGUUAUUUGUUUCGUUUUGUCGAUGCUGUCGAUCGGCACUGGCAGAGCAAAAUACGAACCGAACUGGGAAUCCAUCGACUCCAGACCGCUGCCGGAGUGGUACGAUCAGGCUAAGUUUGGCAUCUUCAUACACUGGGGGAUCUUCUCUGUUCCGAGCUUCGGCAGCGAGUGGUUCUGGUGGUACUGGCAGAAACAAAAACUACAACCAUAUGUUGACUUCAUGAAGAGGAAUUAUCCUGAAGGCUUCAAGUAUCAAGACUUUGCACCGCAGUUCACUGCAGAGUUCUUUGAUGCCAAAGAGUGGACGGACAUCUUUGCCUCAUCGGGAGCAAAGUACAUCGUCCUCACCACAAAACACCACGAAGGUUUCACACUAUGGGGCUCAAAAAACUCCUGGAACUGGAACGCAGUGGAUGUUGGACCAAAAAGGGAUCUGGUGGAUGAAGUGGCGAGUGCCGUCCGUGGUAACAGUGACCUGCGUUUAGGACUGUAUCACUCUCUCUUUGAGUGGUUUAAUCCGCUCUUUGAACAGGACGCGGCCAACGUCUUCACUACCAACUACUUUCCUACCACCAAAACUCUGCCUGAGCUUUACGAUCUCGUUGUCAAGUAUAAACCAGAGGUGCUGUGGUCUGACGGGGACGGAAACGCACCUGACAAGUACUGGAACAGCACAGGUUUCUUAGCCUGGCUCUACAAUGACAGUCCCGUACGAGACACAGUGGUGACGAAUGAUCGCUGGGGCUACGGCUCCAUCUGCACCCACGGUGGAUAUUACACCUGUGCUGAUCGCUACCAGCCAGGACACCUGCUCAAACACAAAUGGGAGAACUGCAUGACCAUCGACCAAAAGUCCUGGGGUUACAGACGAAACGCUCCUCUCAGUGACUACCUCACAAUCGAGCAGCUUGUAUGGACACUGGUGGAGACUGUGUCCUGUGGGGGAAACCUGCUGAUGAACAUCGGCCCGACACACGAUGGAAGGAUCGCUCCCAUCUUCGAGGAGCGUCUGAGGCAGACGGGUCAGUGGCUGAAGGUCAACGGGGAGGCCAUCUACAACACAACGGCAUGGCGGGCUCAGAAUGACACCGUCACCCCCAAAGUCUGGUACACGUUCAGACCACAGGAAAAGAGCAUCUUUGCCAUUUUACUGCAGUGGCCUAAUAAUGGAUCUGUGAUUCUGAAUGAACCUGUGGCGACACAAGGACACACUCAGGUGGUGCUUCUCGGUCACGGGUCUCUGCAGUGGCAGCCUGUAAAGCCCAGAGGACUGCGGGUUCUCCUGCCCCAGCUGUCCUUCAGCCAGAUGCCAUGCCAGUGGGCCUGGACUCUGAGGCUGACAGGUGCCACUUAAAGAGAAACCAGACCACAUGUAGAGGAACAGACGGAGCGGUAGGCCAGAGAGAAGGACCCAGCGAUUGAUUUGUUUGAAUCACUGAAGACAUAAAAAGUACUGUACUGUCUGUAACUUGCACUAUGACGAUUUAAAAUGGUCUUUUUGAAAUACGUAUGCAGGGGAUCAAGAUUAAUCAUUAUUACAUGAUCAUUGUUUUUUAUAUGGGGAACUUUAAUGAUUCAAUUCUGUGAGUUUCUGACUGCGGAUGGGACAUGAAUGUCAUUAGGUCCAGAAAGGUAUAUCAUGUCUGUGACCUCUGACGCCAGUGUAAUGAAAUCUGACAUGUUUUUGUUCUAAUUUUUCUGCACUUUUAUAAUGAUUUUUUAAAGCCUGCAUAUUUUUAUGUGAUUUCCAUGCAGUCUGUUUGCACUAAUCAAUGUGGCGGUGUUUGUUUACAUGGAACGAAUGUUUUAAUAAAAUGACAGAAGCCUU